AUGAACUUGUUUUUAUUGGUUCUUCUGGUCGUGCAAAUGCACAGCGUGACGCCUGUGAUUCACACGCUGCAGUAUUUCACCACUGCGUCCUCUCAAGUUCCAAACUUCCCAGAGUAUGUGAUUGUUGGUUAUGUUGAUGGAGUUGAGAUUAGUUACUAUGACAGCAACAUCAGGAAAACAGAAUCCAAACAGGACUGGAUGAACAAAAUCACAGCAGAGGAUCCAAAAUACUGGCAGAUAGACACAGAGAUCAGUGUUGGUCAUGAGUUUACUAACAAACACAACCUUGAAAUUCUUAAGAAGCGUUUCAACCAAACUGGAGGUGUUCACAUUGUCCAGUGGAUGUAUGGAUGUGAAUGGAAUGAUGAGACUGAUGAGGUUAAAGGUUGGCAGCAGUCAGGUUAUGAUGGAGAAGAUUACAUAUCGUUGGACAUGAAGACAUGGACAUGGACUGCAGCAAAACCACAAGCUUUCCCUGACAAACUCAAGUGGGACCAGAACAUAUUUCUACUAGACGACCAGAAGUAUUAUUACACUGAGCUUUGUCCUUCUUACUUGAAGAAGUAUGUGAAGAAUGGGAAGAAGAUCCUAAUGAGAACAGAGCUUCCAGAGGUGUUCCUCCUCCAGAAGACGCCAUCCUCUCCAGUCACCUGCAUGGCGACAGGUUUCUACCCCGACUUAGCCGACCUGUUUUGGAGGAAAGACGGCGAGCAGAUCUUCGAGGACGUGGAGCACGGAGAGCUGCUCCCCAACCACGACGGAACCUUCCAGAUGUCGGUGGAGCUGAAAGUGGAGGUGACGGCCGAGGUGGAGGGCAAGUACAAAUGUGUGUUCCAGCUGUCUGGCGUCAAGGAGGACCUGGUCACCAAGCUGGAGAGAAGAAGCAUCCUG